GAUAGAGUGUGUUCAUCGGAGCAAAGCAUUCCCAGUUGAGCUCUUCAAGUCACUCGUAUCUUUGUUCUUCAAGUGCCUCCACCGACGUCCAACAUGCAGCUCACAAACUUUGUUACUCUCGCCCUUGCUUCUGUUGCAGUGGCAGCUCCAGACUUUGCUAUUGGAAGCAAGCAGUACUCUAUUAGCGCCAAGGAUACAGCACAGCUCAAUCAGAUCACAAAGGCCGUCAUCGAUGCUGCAUCUUCCUGGCACACUUCCGUGACUGCGCAGCCCGAGUACAGCUCCGCUUGGUCGGAACUGGUCGAAUUCCAACAAACUCACAGCGGCGUUCCUGAGGGCGUCACGGCCACCGACUCUAUCAUCAAAUACGCUUCGACGCCAACUUGGUACAGUGCUAUGCCCACUGGUCUCAAGGCCUACAUCGAGAAGAACGUGAAGGAGCAGGACGAGCUCAUUGCUAGCGUCAUCAAAAAGACCACUGGCGAUGCGGCGCGACCCAUUGGUAUGGGCAUGUACGUUAGCGGGGCAUUUGCUGCUCUGGUCGGUGGUGUCGUAAUGGCGUUGUAGACGACGAAGACUCUGGGAAGUUGAAUCAUGAUCUGAUGAUUGGCGUUUGGAGAUGUCGAUACCCUGCUUUAGCUGAAUUACGCAAUAAUGAAUUUCAGUCCUGUAAGUCGCUUGCGAUUGAUCUGAAGGAACGCGAUUGGUCGUGAUCUUUAAUUGCUGACUUUGCGAUCUGGUAUGCCGGUGAUGCCGAGUGGUAUUGAUUGCAUGUCCAAAAGUC